AGCAGCAGCAGCAGCAGCAGCAGUUCCGCGGCUGCCAGCCCGAGGCUGAGCCAUGUCUGCCAGAGUGGCCCAUCCUCAGGAGCCCCACCACCCCUCUGAGAAGCCAGUCAUCCACUGCCACAAGUGUGGGGAGCCCUGUAAAGGUGAAGUGCUCCGAGUUCAGGCCAGACACUUCCACAUCAAAUGCUUCACCUGCAAAGUGUGUGGCUGUGACCUGGCACAAGGAGGCUUUUUUAUAAAGAAUGGAGAAUAUCUGUGCACCUUGGACUACCAGCGCAUGUACGGCACCCGCUGCAACGGCUGCGGGGAGUUCGUGGAGGGCGAGGUGGUGACAGCUCUGGGGAAAACCUACCAUCCCAGCUGCUUUGCCUGCACUGUCUGCAAGCGUCCAUUUCCACCAGGAGAUCGGGUUACCUUUAAUGGAAGGGACUGUCUGUGUCAGAUGUGUGCUCAGCCGAUGUCCUCCAGCCCCAGAGAGCUGUGUGCCUCCAGCAAUUGUGCUGGCUGUGGAAGAGACAUCAAAAAUGGACAAGCACUGCUAGCCCUGGACAAGCAGUGGCACCUGGGCUGCUUUAAGUGCAAGGCCUGUGGGAAGGUCCUGACUGGGGAAUACAUCAGCAAAGAUGGUGCUCCUUACUGUGAAAAGGACUACCAAGUUCUUUUUGGAGUCAAGUGUGAAGCAUGUCACCAGUUCAUUACUGGGAAAGUCCUAGAGGCAGGUGACAAGCAUUAUCAUCCAAGCUGUGCACGAUGCAGCAGAUGCAACCAAAUGUUCACAGAAGGAGAAGAAAUGUAUCUGCAAGGUUCCACUGUCUGGCAUCCCGACUGUAAGCAAACCACUAAGUCUGAGGAGAAGCUCCGGCUGUCACAACUCUGGCAGAAUAUACAGUGGAGGCACUUCAGAGCUAUUAUCACCGCCUUGCAUAAUGAACUCUAUCAAAAAAUUAAGCCUACAAGAACAUCAUCAGAAAGCAUUUAUUCCAGACCAGGUUCCAGUAUACCUGGCUCUCCAGGCCACACUAUCUAUGCAAAAGUAGACAAUGAAAUCCUUGAUUACAAGGAUUUAGCAGCCAUUCCCAAAGUCAAGGCCAUUUAUGACAUUGAACGUCCAGACCUAAUUACUUAUGAGCCAUUCUACACCUCCGCCUACGAGGACAGACAGGAGAGACAGAGUCUUGGAGAGUCUCCAAGGACUUUAUCACCCACCCCUUCUGCAGAAGGCUACCAGGACGUUCGGGACCGCAUGAUUCACAGGUCCACCAGCCAGGGCUCCAUCAACUCUCCCGUGUACAGCCGCCACAGCUACACCCCCACCAUGUCACGCUCCCCCCAGCACUUCCACAGACCUGAGCUGCUGGCUCUGGGCGCGCGGCGCGUGGCACCCCCGCGCUGCAGCGGCCCCGCGCUCCAUGACUCCCGCCCCAACUCCCCAUUCCGACACCACUUCAUCCCCCAUGCCAAAGGCAAUGAGCCGUCCAGCGGUCGGAACUCCCCUGUCCCCUAUCGGCCUGACAGUCGCCCUCUCACUCCAACUUACGCUCAGGCCCCUAAACAUUUCCAUGUUCCAGAUCAAGGUGUCAACAUUUACAGGAAACCGCCCAUCUACAAACAACACGCUGCCUUGGCAGCACAGAGCAAGUCCUCCGAGGAUAUCAUCAAGUCCUCCAAGUUCCCAGCAGCUCAUGCACCAGCACCCAACGAGAUACCAAAGAUUGAGACUGACCACUGGCCAGGCCCUCCCUCCCUGGCUGCCAUAGGAGCUGACAUGAGACGCAGAUCAAGUGGAAGGGAGGAAGAUGAUGAGGAGCUGCAGAGACGCCGGCAGCUGCAGGAGGAGCAGCUCAUGAAGCUCAACUCUGGUCUGGGGCAGUUAAUAUUGAAGGAAGAGAUGGAAAAGGAGAGUCGCGGUAGGUCAGCCCUUUCUGCCAGUCGUUACGAUUCUCCAGCACAUGCUUCAGCCUCCAAAACCUCUUCUCUCCCUGGGUAUGGAAAAAAUGGACUUCACAGGCCGGUCUCUACGGACUUUGGUCAGUACAACAGUUAUGGGGAUGUGAGUGGUGCUGUUAGAGAUUUCCAGUCCCUCCCGGAUGGUCAUGUCCCUGGAAUGAGAAUGGACAGAGGAGUAUCUAUGCCUAACAUGUUGGAGCCAAAGAUUUUUCCAUAUGAAAUACUCAUGGUGACCAACAGAGGGCGAAAUAAAAUACUAAAAGAUGUAGACAGAACCAGGCUGGAGCGUCACUUAGCACCUGAAGUUUUUCAAGAAAUAUUUGGCAUGACGAUACAGGAGUUUGACAAGUUACCUCUCUGGAGACGCAACGACAUGAAGAAAAAAGCAAAACUCUUUUAAUCUCCCUUUAAACAAACCCACCACAAAUGAUGCAUAGAAUAUUGUAUCACACAGUCCAAACUGUUUGGAAGCAACUACUUAUCCACCAAAAAGGGAAAAUCAACAUAGUGGCACCUCUGCAGUUGAACAAGAUCAACAAUUGCCCUCCUGGAAUUCAGGGAGAAAAUAUCUGGGCUCAGAAACAGCAAUGAUAGUUUUCAGAGGUGUCAACCUAUUACCUGAUAUUGUGCAAGCUAGAAAACUGUUCUGUUCUUCUCCCUCAAUGAUAUUCCCUUUACUUCUCUCCACAAUAUGAUGGACUUUAUUGCUAGAGCCAGGAAGUGCCCUUAGAAUGCCUUGUAGACUAAAGUAGUUGUAACCACUCCAAGAACUGGAAGAGAAUAUAUACAUAUAUAAAUAUAUAUAUAUAUAUGUAUGCGUGUUUGCCUGUGUGCACACAUGUAUUUAUAUCUCUCCAUCUAUCUCUGUGUGUGUGUAAGUGUGUAUAUAUGUGUGUAUAUAUGGAGAGGGACAUAGGUAGGUCUGUAGUGAAAGAGAAGCCCCCUUGUAACUUAUCCCACAUGGUCACAUCAAGUCUUUCACCCAACAGUUUCUUACUUGGCACUCUUUUGACACAGUGUCUUCGUGUAACACAGCCUGUGGUGGUGGGCACUCUGCUCACCUGCAGGACACACCACCUGGAUUUCUGGAAAUGGACUCCUUGUAAAUAUUUGCUAGGCUAUAAGAAGUGAAUUGCUGUGUGUGUGUUGUCAGUCUUCCCUCUUCCACACUUUCUGCUUGAAUUAAUAAGGCUGGAGCUUAACCAGUCCUUUGAAUAAUUUAAGAUCACUUCAGUAAUGGGAAUGAUGGAGAAGAGUCAGUUUUCUUGUAAUUUACUCCAGGAGGUGGGUGCAUGGGGGUGGGAGUGGCAGAGUGAGAAAAUGCUAUUUUAAGUGUGCCCUGGUUUGCAUCCAGAGAUUUCAGGAGAAACUCCCUGCUAGUAAUUGCUAGUAAUUACUAGUACAGCUCAUCAGGCUGCAGUGGAGUUGUAGGAUUUUACAAUGGCAGGGAGAAUGGUUCUCUGCAAGCUAACAUGCAAAUUCAUCCCUCUUAGGGAGGAAAUGUUUAUGAAUUGAAAGGUACCAUCGAGGUGCCAAGCUCUGCCAAUAGAGGCUUUUUGAUUAAACUGUAGUAGCUGUUGUCAGUAUGGCACAGUGCAUGGGGCCAAGCACUCAUUUUAGUUAAUGUAGGUUUUCACUUGUGCUUGGAAAAGAGGGCACAGACUUCUUCUUUUUUUCUGUCUUGAAGCAUCAAAGCUCCAGCCUUGGUUAUUUUUAUUUCCCUUUGUGCCUGACUUGGUUUUUGAAGACAGAGUAAUCAUGCAAGACAGUUUCUGAGCUGCAUUGAACUCAUUGCUUUCAGUCUUCUUCCAAUAUGCUGCAGCUUGAAAAACUGCCUGUAUAUACCUUAACUGCUUCUGGGCAAGUCCUAUGCAGAGGAGGACACGAGCACCAAAGUAAUUGAAUGGAUGCAGUGUGGCUGCUUUUUCUCUUCCUUGGUGCUUUACUGCCAAUGCAUAACUGCACUAAUGAGCUCAUCUCCUGAUAGGAGAGGGUCAUUUAGGUUCUGUCUGUCAAAGAAUAUCAAGGUUUCCUUUUUAAUGCAGAAACUUCAGGAGGCACUGGAGACAUCAGAACCUUUGUAUUUUCUUUUCUGUGAGACAUUGGUGUUAAAAUCUGGAAGUCAGGAAGAGGAAACAGUCCCAUGUAGUUCUGAGGUUCAGUAUCACUGUGUUGAGUUCUCUGUAUCACCAAAUGGCAUUUCACCAUGAGCUGUGCAGGACAGCCCAAACCCUGCCCCUUCUUUGCUGGUUAGCAAGUCCUGUUGUGACAGAUCACUGUGGUUCCUUUGAUAAAAUCUGAGAUGAAGGUACAGUAGGGGAGAGACAGAGACCAGGGCUCAGCACCUGCUCCAUGUCCCUGAGGG